ACAUCUCUCCUAGUACACCUUCUUUCUCUCUUUCAACAUCAAACCCAUAUCUAAUCUAUAUCUAUCUAUCUAUAUACUAUAUAUAUAGAUUCAUUUUCAUAUAUAUACAAACACAUACGUAUAUAUAUCUAUAUUAUAUAUACAUAUAAUAUGGCUGAACUUGAUCUUGAUCACUAUCAAGCUAAGCCCACAAACAAUACGACAACAAGGUUAAAGCUUUUUGGGUUCAAUGUAUCGGAAGAUGAAGAAGUGGAAUCCACAAAAACACCAUCGGGAUCAUCAGACUCCGGCGGAGGCGGCUUCCCCUCCUCCGACGGCCGGAAAUACGAGUGUCAAUACUGCUGCCGCGAGUUCGCUAACUCACAAGCGUUAGGAGGACAUCAGAACGCACAUAAGAAAGAACGUCAACAGUUAAAGCGUGCUCAAAUGCAAGCUAGUCGAAACGCAGCCGUUUCUUAUAUCAGGAACCCGAUCAUCUCCGCCUUUGCUCCGCCGCCUCACCUCCUCACUCAGACAGGUCCGAUGGUGAUUCCGUCUUCCGCAGUCGCGUCCCCUUCAUGGGUGUAUGUGCCACGCGCUGCUCCAGCAUUCCAUAUGUCGCAUGGAUGCGUGCUGCCACCUACUUCGUCUUCUCCGACGUCCGGCGGGAGAGGACCAGGGUCGUUAUGCUACGCCGGCAGUGUAGGGGAGUCGUCGUUGUCAAGCGUUGGGCAGCAGCCGAAUAACCGGGCACAUCAUGAUGACGGGCCUUCGUUGAGUAGGUUUUCCAGGGGGGAUGGUGGGCCCAGCUUUGAUGAUACAUUUGGGCUUGAUUUACAUCUCAGCCUUUAGCCUUGCCGAGCCGAGCUGAGCCGUGUGGCUUGAGCGGGGUCAUGAUUUGAUUAGUUUUAGUAUGGGAAAAGAUCACAAGCGUUGUUGAAUUUUCACCCACUCGGAUCUUGUAAAUUCUGAUUUAUUUAUUAUUUUCUUGGAAUUAAGUA